AAUUGCAUUUUGUCAUUUAUUUUGAGUUAGUAAGAUAAAACUGAUGAAUAAACGUGCUCGUUAAUUGCAUCAUUUAAACUUGAGAAUUUGUUAGUUUUGUUGUCAUGCAAAUUAUUAAAAGACUGCAUUCAAAGCUAGCUUUGUGACAAGGUUCACUUCGAAAGCGGAUUUCCUUUAUCCAGAAUCGUGGAAGAGACAAAACAUGAAUACAAGAGAUUCACACAAUAUAAGAAUAAAGUCAAUAAACUGUAGGGCCUUGACUGCAUGGCCGAAGUAAUAGUAGACUCAGUAAACAGUUCAUUCGCCCUGUUGAUUUGCCAGAAAGUCAAUUAAAAUCUCAAUGACUGGACAGAGUAAUGGCUGACAACGAUGCGCAAUGCAAUAUGCGUGGAAACAGGUUCCGACAUGAGUGGGCUGGCGCUGCUGUAUGAUUUUUUCCCGUUGCAAGCUUAUUUACAGUCAACCAGUGUAAUUUAAGAAAUAUUCAAUCUAUUUUAACAAAAUUGAAUAUUAUUCAUUUAAACGACUUUCAAUAACCGUUUCCAAUAAAACUAAUCUAUUUUGUUACUAGAUCAACUCUUUGUGAUGGCCGAAAAAAAUGAUUUAUAUCGCGGCAGAUAAAUUGAACAUAAUUUGUAAAAUAUUAUGUGCAUUAUCACCGACGUGCAAGCAGAUACAUCAUUGGACAUGGAAAUCUAUAUGCAAUAAUUAAAAACAGAUUUGCUUUCAGAAUUUUUGAAAUGUGAAUUAAAAAUUGUGCAGCAGUAAUUUAUUUUGACGACGAGACUUUGACUUGGAACCUAUCUUUUUUUAACUGGAAUGGAAAAAACUGAAAUGCUUGAUUUGGACCUAAUGCGGCCAGGGGGAGUUUAUAUAUAGGAGGUUAUAUACGAUUAAUUAGAUUUCCGUUUUUAUGCGACAACCAAUAUUUUUUAAGAAAUAUAUAAUCUAUACUACAAACGAAAGUAAAUAUUUCUAAUUUGAACUAGUUUCUAUAUCCUCCCAAAAUCUAAUCUAUUUUUACAACCAAUUUUAUACUAAAUCACCUCUUUGUGAUGGCCGACAGUUCAUUGUGUGGGUGAUAAAUAGAACAUAUAACUUGUAAAAUUGCUAUGUAAGAAUCAACCGUCUAUCUCCAUGCCCUUAGUAAAACUAUUGGACAUAAAAAUCUAUGCAAUAAUUACUAAUAGAUUGGUUACGAGCCUUUUAAAAGGCACGGCAGCUUCGCAAACAACCAGACACACAAGACGACGGUCUGGUAACAUUUCAAGGAAAAUAUUUAACUGUGAACCUCGAAGAAAAAUGAAGAGAUCUGGUUGUUUAUACAUCGCAAUACUUUGCUUGUGUUUUGUAUCUGUUCAAAGCAAGAGCUGCGUUAACUCUGGAGAAGAUAACGGGAAAACUGGUCAAUUGAAGAAAUUCUUCGCUAAGUAUGGAUAUACAGAAACGGACGGCAAGACUAGUCGACAUAAGUUCAAACAAGCCGUGAACAAACUGAAGAUUUUGAAUGAAUUUGACGGCACAACGACAAAUGAUGAUUUAUAUAAAUUUAUUAAGAAACCUCGGUGUGGCAACGGAGAGAUGUAUAAGAAGUUAAAGAAUCCGGGAGAAAAAGGAAAACGCCGCGUUCGUCGUUACGAAUUAAACCCUGCUUGGUCGAAAAAGAGUCUCAAAUACGCAAUUAAAAAAUACAGUUCUCAUUCUCGUCUCACAAAACAACAGCAAGACAACAUUGCCGCCCAAGCAUUUCAAUUGUGGAAAGAUUCCGUUCCUCAGCUGAAUUUUACUCCUUCAGACCCCGACGUAGCUGACAUAAAAAUCCGGUUCGAAAAAGGAAAUCAUGACGACUGUAAUCAAGACUUUGAUGGCCCAGGUCGAAUCCUUGCGCAUGCGUACUAUCCACAAAAAGGCCAAAUACAUUUAGACGACGAUGAGCCGUUUACUGACCAACGUGGUAAUGGCAAGAGUCUGUACUUGGUGUUAGUUCACGAGAUUGGUCAUGCCCUAGGUCUGGGCCACUCCUUUGUCCAUGGAGCGAUGAUGCAUCCUGUCUACCAUGAAAACAAUUCAGGAGGAAUUUUGCAUGAAGAUGAUAUAAAUGGAAUGCGGAAGUUGUAUGCCCCGGAAACUACUGCUCCGGAACCAAACUGUGCUGAUCAAGACUCCUCACUCUGCGCUCGCUACAAAGAGGCAGGUUACUGCACUGAAGACUACGAAGACGUCAUGAUUGAAAAGUGUCGUCGAACAUGCGAACUGUGCUAAAUAUAUAAGACAGCAAAGAUUUUGUGCAUUAAGAUGCGAUUAGAUUUAUGUAGUUAUUUUGAAGAAAACUCAGAAGUACCUGUCGAACUCAAUCCGGAGAGCAUUUAUUGAAAAAUAAUAUUCUGACAUAUAUUAAGACAUAUAUAAACAUGUAGAAAAUUUUGAAUUUGCUGAGUAAUAU